AUGGUGGGAAUGGCGGAAAAUGAUCGUGAUACAAAUGCACGUGAACGGACGAAAGAAUGCGCGGCAAUUAUUGCGAUCUCUGACAUCAACGAUGUGAUCAACGAUCAAAUUUCAUCAAGGAUCCCAUGUUUCGUGACGGAGUGUUUGCGAGGGUCAAUUGCAUAUUUCUUGGAUUUUCUAAGUUUCGAAAUAGGCGGCGACACCAAUACACUGGAUAAAUAG